AUGGCAUCAAGUAAUGCAUCAGUCUGCUCACUGCUGUGUUUGAGUGUGAUCUCACCUCCGGGUUUCGUGUUCCUCCAGGUGCACGGAGGGGGGGGCUAUGACUCUGACUUCAGUGAUGACGAAGGGCCAGGAGAGUCCUCAGAAAAAGGACUUAAAAGGAAACGUGAGGAGGAAAUCCUGCAGAAGCCUUUCCAGAAAGGCCGGCACUCAAAGGUGGCUCACCGAAGUUUACACUCCAGUGAGCUCGACAGAGAGGAAGCCAGGAACAGAAGAGCCCACCUGAUAUCAAUGAAUGCUUUUGAGCGCCAUAAGAAGUUUGUGGGGGACUACAUACUUUAUUAUGGAGGACAGAUGGCCGACUUGAAACGCUCGAGAGCCAAUGACAAGACAGACGUGGAUGUGCUGCGAGAGAAUCACCGCUUCCUCUGGAGGGACGAGGACGAGGAUGACAUGACAUGGGAAAAAGAACUUGCCAAGAAGUAUUACGACAAGCUGUUUAAGGAGUACUGCAUUGCUGACCUCAGCAGAUACAAGGAAAACAAGUUUGGAUUCCGUUGGCGGACUGAGAAUGAAGUCGUCUCGGGCAAAGGUCAGUUCCAGUGUGGAAACAAACGUUGUGAGAAGCAGGAAGGCCUAAAAAGCUGGGAGGUGAAUUUUGCCUACGUGGAACACAGUGAGAAGAGAAAUGCAUUGGUCAAACUAAGAAUAUGCCCUGAAUGCUCUUUCAAACUCAACUACCACCACAAGAGAAAGGAGGUAAAAGCAAAGAAAAUCACUAAAAGGUUAUCUGAGAAUCAGGAGCCGCCACAGAAGAAGAAGAAAAAGAAGACAAAGCGGUCCUCUUCACACUCAAAGAAGCACAAACACAAGAGGCACCGAGAUCACUCCACCUCUUCCAGCAGCUCAGAGGAGUCCCAGGACUCAGACAAAGACUCUGAAGCUGGAGAUGAGCGAGAAGGCCAAUCAGAAGCCGACCACUGGCGAGGACCCGCCCCUGCAGUGGACGAAAAGUCAAGGGAAGAGGAAUUUGACGACUACUUUGAAGACAUGUUUCUUUGACUUUGCCGGUAUCAGCGGACGUCCUGCUGUGAAUACACUUCUGUCGGAGCCUCACUGACAUUACAAGCUGUUCUGUUUGAUUGUCUGUGUCAUUACUUCUACAGAAAUAAACCAAAUGUUUACCUUGUA